AUGUAUCAACAAAUAAAAGAGUUUUUACUAAGACUAUUAAAAAUAUCAAUAACCAGUGUUUCUAUUGCAUGUCAAUGUCACAUACUCUUCUUUUCAGCAAUUAUAUUGGUUGGGAUCACAAUUAUUUUUACAUUCUCUACUGGACAAUUCAUUGGAAGUCCAUGGUGUUAUUUUGUUGCAAUUUAUGAAGCAAUUCUUUUUAUUUUAAUGGUAUUUAGAUUUAUUUCAUAUGCUGUAAGUUCCAUAAUCAAAUCAACCAAUUAUAUUUUUGGUAAUAAAAGACAAGUAACCAACCAUGAUUUUGUUAAAAAAAUACAAGUAACCAACCAUGAAAAUGAAACAAAUCAGAAUGAAAUACAACAAAAUACUAAUCUGAAUAUUAAUAAUAAAAACCAACAAGAAGGUAAUGCCACUAAUGAUAACCAACAAGAAGAUAAUGUUAAUAACGAAAACCAACAAGAAGAUAAUGUUAAUAACGAAAACCAACAAGAAGACAAUGCUACUAAUGAAAAUAUACAAAAGGAUAAUGUUAAUAACGAAAACCAACAAGAAGUUAAUGUUAAUAAUGAAAACCAACAAGAAGUUAAUGUUAAUAAUGAAAACCAACAAGAAGUUAAUGUUAAUAAUGAAAAUAUACAAGAAGUUAAUGUUAAUAAUGAAAAUAUACAAGAAGUUAAUACUGCUAUUGAAAACCAAAAUACUAAUAUAUCAUUUUGUGACAUAAUUGAAACGAUUGCAAUUUAUAGUGGGAUUAUCAUUCUGUUACUAGGAGUAUUAUUUGGUCUCAUUUAUUAUAAUAGUCUUGAAAAGAAACAUGGAGUAGUUAGUUUUAGUAAUACAUUUGGAUGUUCUUAUUUAUGUGGUGGAUAUAUCUUAAUGAUGUCAUUAUUUAUUUGGAGAGUAAUAAGAAAAAUGAUAAAAAAUAAUCCUGAGAAUUUUUGGUUAUGUAUUAUACCACUUUGUCAACCAAUGUAUGUUUUAAGUUCAUUAGUCUUUAAAGGAAAUAAAACUUUUAGAAAGGUUAUAUGUUUUAUUGUUUCAUGUAUCCUUUUUAUUUACCCAGCUUUACAUUUCAUUGAUGUCUUUUUCAAUCAUUAUAAAUUAGUUACAGAAGAAUGGUAUUAUUUCAUUUUAUUUAUUAUUUCAUUUAUUCCUCUUCUUAUUAAUGGAUAUUGCUGUUCAACAAAAGAAGAUAUAAAAAAUGACACAAAACAAUCAGAUUUAAAUGAUGAAAAACCAUCAGAUUUAAAUGAUGAAAAAAAGAAUCAAUUUGCUUUCUCUUGUUUUGUUUUUAUAGUUAUUAUUAUUAUGUUUAUUUUUGUGAUGAGUUAUGCUCUUCUUUCAGUAAAUGUUCCAUCAAAUAACUUAAACAAUAUAAAUAAUUUAAAUCUAAGUUAUAAUUAUCAAUAUUCUUCUAUCAGUGACAAUGAAUUAAUUACACUUUCUGAGAAUGAAACUGAUUAUAGUGUAUCAGAUAUUGAACAAUAUAAUCAAGAAGAAGGAAUUAAAAAUACUCCUAUUAGUAAAUCAUAUUUAUGUAGUAAAGAUUCGUAUGGUAUUACAAAAAAAGAAUAUUCAUGUUUAAGUGCACUGGCUUAUGCUAAAGAUCUAAAUGAAAGUGAUGAUACAAAAAAAUAUUAUAACUAUCUUCAAAAGAAGUCAUGGAACAUUGAAUUACAUGUAAAAGGAACAUUACAUUAUUUAGUAGGAUAUAACAAGAAAAAUAAUGUUAAAGUUAUUGCAUUUAGAGGAACAUAUUCAUUCAAAGAUUGUAUUUAUGACAUUCAAUUGUUUACAGAAUCUUCAGUUCCGACAUUAGCAGCAAUAGUACCUUAUUUCACAAAACAAACUCUUUCAAAAGUAAGUUAUGCAUUAUCAUUCGUUGGUUCAAAAUUAACAACACAUGAACUUAUUGAAUUAGCAGAGAAUGUAGUAAAAGAAGAAACGAUUAACAAUUCAGAAAUUCCAAUUAUAUUAACUGGACAUUCACUUGGUGGUGGAAUUGCAAAUAUUCUUGGAAGUAAGAUGGGACUAGUAUCAUUUGGUGUAUCUCCUCCUGGAACAUAUUUAGGAAGAAAGAGUUUUGAAAUGAACCAAAAAGAUAUUACUAAAUAUGCACAAGCUAUAAUACCUGAAAGAGAUCUUGUCUCAUCACUUGGAAUGAGUGGUGGUUCACAAAUUCACAUUCCUUGUUAUGAACAUACUUUAGAUUGUCAUGGUAUUGAUAAUUCAAUUUGUGUCAUUGGUGCAUUAUGUCAUGAUACAGAACUUUCAUCAAUGUGUCAUGAGAAAUGGAAAAAAUGGAAUUUAAGUAUUUCUUCAUGA